AUGCUAAGCCAGGCUCUGAACAAGAGAUCAUUUUUUGGGCUCAUCCUGAAUUUUGCACUCAACUUCUCGCCCGUGUUCAUAUGGCUGCUGAUGUUCAAGAACGCCGGAAUCGUCCCGAACGAGAUCCGGCCAACGAUCCACGUGAAACUGGCCAUGUCACUGGACUCGUUUGUCUUUGACGUCAGCAGACUCUCUGCGUGGCUGUCCUUCCUGUUGGUGCUCACGUGUUCAUAUUUGCUAUGGAGCUAUUUCUACCAAGUUCAGCACCGCGCGUGCUUUGAGUCGAGCCAGGAGGUACAGGAGCUUGCCAUCCCGAUGAAAAACGACGAAGAAAACCAGUUCGAGAAUAAUGUCGAAAUGACCCACCUUUCGCAGACUGGCACCGUCUCGGCAGGGUCCAGCGGGUCCAGCGGGUCAAGUUCAUCCUGGACAGACCUGACUCUUUCCUCGUCGUCCCAGCCCACGUACCUCCCAGCCUCUUGCGUCUACACUGCUCCCGUGCUCGUUCUGGCGCUGUGCUGGCCAAUCCUGAACAUCGACCACGCGCUGAUCUACCCUCAAACUACUGCACGGGACUUUCUGGCGUGGGUCUCAUACGUCUUAUUCCACUUUCUCGCACCGCUGUUCACAGCUAUCUACCUCUAUGUCUUCCAGGCACCGGGUGCGAUCAAGUGGUUUUCCUUCGCUCUCGGCACGCAAAACAUCGCCGGCGUCAUCACACACAUGCUCUUUCCCAACGCUCCCCCGUGGUUCAUCCACCUGUACGGGGAGGACGCCGCCGCGAACUACGAUAUGCCCGGAUACGCUGCCGGCCUGACACGUGUGGACGUGGCGCUCGGCACACAUCUCAACUCCAACGGGUUCCACAAGAGCCCGAUCGUGUUUGGAGCGAUCCCCUCGUUGCACUCGGCGAUGGCCGUCCAAUGCAUGUUCUUCAUCGCGUUCUACACCAAGUGGUGGUUCCCCAAGGUUGGCAUGUUCGCAUUUGUCAUUCUACAGUGGUGGGCCACGAUGUACCUGGACCACCAUUGGCGGCUGGACCUGAUCAUAGGAUUGGCGUACGCAAUUAUUAGUUUCACCAUCUACAAACGGCGCCUCGAAAUAGUGGAGCACAACUUUGUCAAAGCGCGACUGCGUGGCGACUUCGAAGCCGGCUCUUCGUACGGUAUGAGAGUGUUCCGCAAUCACUGGCUCAAGAGACUGUUCGACCCAUACUUCUAA